AUGGCGUCCGAGGAUGUGAAGACGAGCGAGUCGGCCGUGUCCAAGAUUGUGAAUCUCGCUGAGGAGGCGAAGCUCGCGAAGGAGGAAAUCAAGCCUUCGAAAUAUCAAGUCUACAGCAUUUGCAAGUCCCUCGUCGCCGGCGGUGUCGCCGGAGGAGUAUCACGAACUGCUGUAGCUCCACUAGAGAGGUUGAAAAUUUUGCUCCAGGUGCAAAAUCCACACAAUAUAAAGUACAGUGGUACUGUUCAAGGCUUGAAAUACAUAUGGAGUACUGAAGGCCUUAGGGGAUUGUUUAAAGGCAAUGGCACUAAUUGUGCCCGUAUUGUUCCCAAUUCGGCUGUGAAGUUCUUCAGCUACGAGCAAGCAUCUAAGUACGGUCCUAAAAUCCGAUUACCAUCAAAUGCUCAUGACAACAUGGGCAUAUUGUACUUGUACCAGCGACAAACUGGCAAUGAAGAUGCUCAGCUGACUCCUUUAUUACGUCUGGGAGCGGGAGCUUGUGCUGGGAUUAUUGCCAUGUCAGCUACAUACCCAAUGGACAUGGUUCGGGGAAGACUUACUGUACAGACAGAUAGGUCCCCGUAUCAGUACAGAGGAAUGUUCCAUGCUUUAUCCACAGUGCUUCGCGAGGAAGGCUUCCGUGCUCUGUACAAGGGCUGGCUUCCAUCAGUACCUUACGUGGGUCUUAACUUUGCCGUAUAUGAAUCUCUCAAAGAUUGGUUAAUCAAAUCCAAGUCGUUUGGUCUUGUUGAAGAUAAUGAGUUGGGUGUUGUGACAAGGCUUGCCUGUGGGGCCGCGGCAGGCACAGUUGGGCAGACGGUUGCUUACCCGCUUGAUGUCAUCCGAAGGAGAAUGCAAAUGGUCGGUUGGAAUAAUGCGGCAUCAAUUGUGACGGGUGAUGGUAGAGGAAAGGUCCCACUUGAAUACACUGGCAUGGUUGAUGCUUUCAGGAAGACCGUAAGGCACGAAGGCUUCAGGGCAUUAUACAAGGGAUUGGUCCCGAAUUCGGUGAAGGUUGUCCCGUCAAUAGCUAUUGCUUUCGUAACGUACGAACAAGUGAAAGAGUUGCUCGGCGUUGAGAUCAGAAUUUCUGACUGAAUGUCCUAUCAAGCUGUCACUGUUAGUGCAAUUCUAUGUGAUUUAUUUUUUUUUUCUUUCUUUUUUUUUUCGCGGGCAGCAAGAGGAGAACAGAUAAAUCGUAGUAUUCUAUUUUCCACUGAAUUUGGGGACCUCUGUACAUGUUUUGCCAUGGCUGUUUUUAUGCUGGUUUAUAAUUAGCUGCUCGGAAGACAUGCUUCCGUAUGAGUAAUAAUGAGGAAUAAUGCAAAAACAAUAGCUUUUUUUGGUUGCUUGUUGAGAAGUAGCUUAUGCAUGUAUACGGCCAUUGCAUUAUUUUCAGGGAUUGUCUUAUUUAUAAGAAAUUUUGUUAUAAGAAA